AUAUGACGUAGUUAUUUUGGUACUUUUGAUAGCAAUUAGACUGCUAUUUGCUAAUAAAAUCAACAGCUUUCUAUUCGCUACUGUUUUAUUGAUAUUGAUGAUAGUGGGAUGAUUAAUUUUUAUGUGAUUUGAACUAAUACGAUAAAGGAUCAAAUUUUCGUUGAAUGAUGGGUUCUUUAGCCAGUAGACAGCAUGAUGGUGUAGAAGAAGCUGAUGUUGUUUCCAAUCUUGCUUAUAAAUAUCCACCUAGAUCGGGUAAUUACUUUGGGAGUCACUUUAUAAUGGGUGGAGAGAGGUUUGACACUCCACAACCUGAAGCCUAUUUAUUUGGCGAAAAUGCAGAUCUUAACUUCCUUGGUAGCAGACCCACGCCGUUUCCGUACCCUCCCCCACAAUCAAACGAACCGACAAAGACCCUUAAAAGUCUUAUAAACAUAAGAAAAGAGUCUUUGAGGUUUGUACGUUGUCCAGAGCCUAUCGGUAAAAUAAGUGACACGAAUAAAAUAGGUGAUGGAGUGACGAAAACAGUUGAUUGUAAUGGCAAAGGGACGUAUUACAAUAUUGAGUUCACGUUUGAUUGUGAUGUAAGAUGUGCCAUCACUAUCUUUUAUUUUUGUACGGAGGAAGUAACGCCUACUGGUGUUGUUUACUACCCUCGAGAUCCAUCAAUGACAUCUCAAACCUACCACUACAAGAAAGGUGCCAACCAGCAAUUUUGCCAGAUUUCCCAUGUGUUUGAUCCUUCAAAGCACCCAGAAGAAGAUUUGUUGUACAAUCCUGACAGGGAAAUAAUACCCAUUGCCAUUUAUUGUGUCGUGGACGAAGGACAAGAUGAAAUCAGACAGUCCCACACAACAAUAGCGGUGGUAGAGAAGCACUUGGACGGUACCUACGUCUUGAAGGCUCUCAAACAGAAACUCUUUGUCGACGGUCUCUGCUACUUGUUGCAGGAAAUUUAUGGAAUUGAGAACAAAAAUCUCGAUACAAAGGUGCCGGCCGAGGACGAGACGGAGGACGGCGGCUCGGAGUGCGUGAUCUGCAUGUGCGACGUGCGCGACACGCUGAUCCUGCCGUGCCGCCACCUGUGCCUGUGCAACUCGUGCGCCGACUCGCUGCGCUACCAGGCCAACAACUGCCCCAUCUGCCGCGCGCCCUUCCGCGCGCUGCUGCAGAUCCGCGCGCUGCAGCGCCAGACCCACCCGGCGCUCGCGGCCCACCCCGCGCCUAGCCCCCCCGACGGCAGCAUGGAGAACAUCCCGGCGGGCUACGAGCCCGUGUCCCUGCUGGAGGCGCUGAACGGCCCCCCGCCGGCGCGCGCGCGCCCGCCCGCCGCGCCCGCCAUCGCCUCGCCCGACACCGACACCGCCUCGCAGGCGGCUGAGGCACUGAACCGCUGCAACUUGGAGCGGAGCUCGUCCACCAGCCUCGGCAGCGCCGGCAGUCGGAAACCCCACCACCCACUCACACCAGAGUUCCGCAUGUCGGUGCUCCUGGCGAGAGAGGAAGGCGCGCGCGAGGAGCGCGCCGCGAGCCCACUGCUACACACGCGCAACCAGCACCGACUGUCUAAGAGCUCACUGAACUCGUCGGCGCGCUCGGAGGAAGAAGCGGUGGGCGCGGCGGACGCGGAGCCCGACAGCGACGCCGAGAGGCGCUCGCCGCUGCUCACUCAGCUCGCCAACGGGACGGUGCGCACUGGCAGUAGUUGCGGGUCGGAGACACUGCGCGGGUCGCCGAUGGCUCACAUCGACGACACGGACACCGACGAGCCCGACCAGCCCGACCAGCUCGACCAACCCGACCACACUGACCAAGCCGACCAACCGACGCUCUCGGAGGGCGCGGUCGCGGAGGACUCCGACUACUUCACGCCCGAGGAGCCCAGCCUCGCGCCGCACGUGAGUCCCUACCGCCCUAGGCCCUAGCGUGCCCUAACAUCGUGUCGGCUUAGGGAUGAGAGAAUGUUUGCCUUGACUAGGGUGUGAAGACCGACUAAACACACAGUUCUCGGGGAUUGCAAUAUGUUUUAAAUCAUUCGUGAUUUUGCGGCAUUAUUUAAUUUUUACUGAUGUAAAAAAAUCUUAUCAA